AUGGACGAAGUCAAGGCCGACCGCAAGCUCAAGGGCAAAAUCAACUUCAUCAGCUGGAAGCGCGAGUUCGAGCGUGCGGCCAAGGCGAAUGAUACCUUUGAAUAUCUCACAGGUGAAGAAGUUGUUCCCCCCAAACCUAGAAAGGAAGACUACUUCACGAAGACUGGCGAAGCCGAAAUUCGUCGCUCUACACGGACCAAGAAAAUUUCAACUCCAACAGUUGACGACGGUGAUGAAACAGAUGAUGCCCAGGCUAUUCUGGUUACUACCAACAACAACCUCCGAUGGCAGAUUGACUACAAUGAACAUAAAAAUGCCAGGGAGAAGAUGAAGCUCGCUACCAAAUUGCUGGACACUUGGGUCUCAGACGGCAUCAAGAUUGAGAUCGAGGAUUGCACCAACGCCAAGGAAGCCUACGACUUCAUCAAAAAACGAUACGCAGUCACUCAUGAACGUGCGCGUGACAGCCUGUUGAACCAAUUGAGUCUGAUCAAGCUUGACGACUGUCUAUCUGUGACCGACUAUACGAACAAAGUUCACCAGGUCAAGGCUGACCUCAAGACCGUCAAAUAUGACAUGACCGACGAUAUGUUCGCUACCGCUCUGCUUCAUGGCCUUCCUCCCAGCUAUCGCGCCUUCAAGGAAAAGUAUGACUGGAUCCGCUCGACCAAGCCCGACGACCCUCCGGAUCUAGACUACCUUUAUGAGCGCCUACACGUCGAAGAAGCUCAACAACUUCGACUGAGGGAGGAGAGGAGGGCCCGCGAGAGGGCCAGAAAGGACACGAGCGUCGACGCUGGCAACAGAGGCUACAGCGGCCGAUAUAAGCCGAGUCGCGCGGAUAAAAGCCACUUGAAAUGCACCUAUCCCGACUGCGGCAAAACCGGCCACACCGAGGAGACCUGCUGGGUCAAGAGCCCCGAGAAAAUCCCACGAUCUCUCAAGGACAGAUUGCCUACCCACAUCGAUAACAAGCCCAUGAGCGAGAAAGCCGGCAUGGCAGGUGUCGUUAAAACGGAUCCUGUCCCCGACAGAGAUGUCUCUAUCCGUGCUGAUUCCCUAGGUACGACUCCCUUCUCCACAACUCACGUAAACUCAGCUGACUCUUCGCCACAGAAGCGUAGUGCUGUGUUGUGCACCGAAUUGCGAGAAUUAGGGGGAGCUACUACUAGGGGGUCAGGAAUCAGGAAAUUGAGUUUCUCAGAGCGGGUUUUGGGAGCAUUCUUGACAGGCACCUUCUGUACCACAGACACAUGGCUAGCUGAUACUGGAGCAAAUAUGCACAUCGUCAAUGACAUCAAGUGGUUCAAGGAUAAUACUUUCCGUUCGUUCAAUUCAAAUAUCAGCACCGCAGAUGGAUCUACUACCCUUGAAAUAAAGGGUGGAGGAGUCGUUCAGCUCAUUCUUAAGAGCCCUGAUGGGUUCCCGGUUAAAGUAUCGCUAUCAGAGGUCGCCUACGCUCCUCAGGGAAAAUGCAACCUAUUCUCGGGCGGCUUGUUUGUCCAGAAGGCAAAGGUAACUGGUGUCUACAACGAUCGUUAUAUGACAUGGAUCAAUGAUCAUGGACACACUAUCGGACAUGCCAUCUUUGGCAAGGGCCUGUAUCAACUUGAUGCUACAAGACUCUCCAAGGGACAUGACCCAAUUGACGGCAUUGCUGCCACAGUGGAUUUCGAUGACCCUGUUUGGAAAUGGCAUCGGAGACUGGGACAUCUUGGAUUCCAAAACAUGUUAAGUUUGUUGGAUUCCUCCACCGGAAUGGAGAUCACUGCCAAACAGAUCAAGGCAAAGCUCAAGGCCGUUUGCCCUAUAUGUGCGACUACAAGGGCCCUGGUAAAGAUUCCCCAUGUUGCGGUCUCAAGCAACAUCCCCUCGGAAGAUGAAAACGACUAUUCUAGUGACGCAGGCAGUGAUCACUCUGAAGACGAACACCACAUCAACACUCCUGAAAUUCCUGUCGAACAGACCAACCAGACGGCUGCCCGAAAUAAGGGCAACGUUCCGAAUGACGGAGAACAACCCAUUUCAGAAAUGACGCACGAAUCGGAGGACGGGGUCGACGACUCCGACGACGAAGAUGAGGCCAGCGAAACAAAGUCAGGAUCUAGAGUGGUGUCUAAGUAUUGGAAUCGAUUCAGUUAUGCUGGCAUGGCCAAACGCAAGAUUGAUGAGGACACAUUAGUGGCACCGAAAAACAGCCGUCGAGCCACUCACGACCUACGUGGCACCAACAAGGAUGAUUCCUCCUCAGAUCUGUCGGACUUGAAUGAUGACUCAUGGUACUACUCAGAAGAUGGAGCUAUUUCUCAAGCUUACUGGCGGUUUUACUCCCUGAGAACCGCCGUAGACAGAAACGGAUCGGAAGAUUACAGCAGGAGCAGCCAUGCCGAAGGUGCUUCCAGACAAGCCGCAGCUGUUUUCUUCUUGACCCUAAUAUCCAACAGUGUGAGGGAUGUCAAAAGUCAAACCUACGGUGUAACUGGAGCCUGGACGGUGCAAGGAGAUCAACCGCCCGUCAAGAAAAGAGAGAAGCUGAGCGACAGGCAAGAUAUGAAAAACUUGGAUUCGUCCCAGUGCCUCGUGACCAGAAAUGCUCCAGAUGCGCCGCGAAAAUCAUGGCUUGCGAUGGAAAAAUCCCGUGCAACAGGUGCAACACUCUACUCCAGCGUCUAUCGUGUCGACCACAGGGCGUUGACGAUUUGCCUCCAUGCGAUCAAUGCAGUUACCGAACUCAGAUUGGAAGUGGGAAAAAGUGUGACCGUGGACGACCCUGUAAGGCGUGCAUCAACAGAAAGUCAACAUGCAGUUACAGAGCCCAGAACGGUCUGCUGA